GCAGUGCCCUUGUUUGGGUGUAGGGCCUGAUCAGAGCCUGGAGGUAGUGAGGUGCCGUUCCCCUCACAGCUCCGUACCUCCAUACCUCAUAUUCUUCACAGAAGAAUCUUUGUCAUCUUUACCCAAUGAUAACAGUCAAUCUGUAACUUUUUAAUUUGUGAUGUUGUGAAGCUGUGGAAGUCUGAAAGAUGGCAUAAAGACCCAUGGAGAGAAUUGUUUCUCCUGACCUGACAGGGGUUUGCCACCAUUGAUUGACAGUGAGAAUGAGAUGAUCAGUUGUUCGUUCCAGAUUCUCAGCCCGACAGGCAGCCCCGGCCGCUACCUCCUGGAGAGACUGUCUGAGCGCUCCUUCACCCUGGGCUUCCUGCUGCACUGCUUGAAGACAAUGGAGCACCAUGACGCUGUCCAGUACCUCACUGCCACAAAUAGUCAAAACCUCAACAAAUUCCUGACUCUCUCUCUCUGAAAUAUGUGACAUAUAGUCCAGCUCCAUUUUGGCAAAACAUCAACACUACAGGCAUCCUCUCAGUCAUCUUACCUGGUGUGUGUGUUUGUGCGUGUGUGUGUGUUUGUGCGUGCGUGUGUAGUGAUGGAGCUGAUCCAAAUAAUAAUGCAGCCCAAGGCCCAGCAUGCUACAGAGGGAGGCAGGUGGUGCUGGUCUGUAAGGCCCGUGGUCCUACUGCUCUUGGCUACCAGUGGUUCAGAGGCAAAGAAGAGGUCAGUCCAUUGCAUAUUGCCGUCAUUAUAUACCCAGUUCCGACAUACAGUGAGAAGUGCUUUUGAUUUGAGGAAAGCAUUUUAGACAUGCAACACACAAAACAUGAAGAAGAUGCUUCCAUGCCACUGGGCAGUGAGUGAGAUAACAGGUUCUGGGUGGAAGCAGUCCAGAGAUGGUCCUUUGCCCUUUAACCCCAACCUACCAUGGACACUGCACCUGCAGGUUCAAAUAUGAAGAGGGCUUAAUCUUCUCCCAGUGUGCACAUGUCCGCUUGGUACGGUCAGCUAGCUCCAGCGCAGUUAACUCCAUGAUAAACUAUGAUAUUAGAACAUAAUAAGGUAAUGUACAUGACUGCUUGCUUAGCCAGUACCACUUUCUCCUGAUUCGACCCAUAUCUGGCAUGAACUCGGGACAUCUGCCAAAAUGCGGUGUGGUUCAACUAUAACACUGACAUUUUGCCAAGUCAGAGAUGAGUGGCCGAGCCCGAGACGUUUCUCUGAAACAGAGUUUCUCUGUUCAGUGUCUGUGUUCUUUUGCCCAUCUUAAUCUUUUCUUUUUAUUGGCUAAUCUGAGAUAUGGCUUUUUCUUUGCAACUCUGCCUAGAAGGCCAGCAUCCUGGAGUUGCCUCUUCACUGUUGACUUUGAGACUGCUGUUUUGCGGGUACUAUUUAAUGAAGCUGCCAGUUGAGGACUUGUGAGAAACUUGAAUGACGGCAUCCCUCCACAGCCAGGGCAACUGAAAGUGACUUCAAACUUAGUGUUUGGUAUUGCCACGUGAGAUUCUUCUCUGCCGCCUAAAAGUACCUCCUUCACUCAAAUACACGUAUCACAGAAUGUGUUAUAUUAAUCUCUGAUUAUGCCUCGGCGUGUGGAUGCAAAGGCCUUUGAGGUGAACAAAGACGAUGUGUCCAAUGGAAUCUUCAUCAGUUUCCUCAAACAGAGAGUCAUGGAGGACGAGAAGGUCACAGUCAUGCUGGACAGGGUGGCUAAAGACAUGGGUCUGUGUGAGAUCACGCGAGUGCGGCAGGCUCUAGAGUUAAGCAGUAAUCUGUCUGAGCUACGUGCUCUCACUGACCGCAUCCAGAGCUCUUGCUGGUCAGAGACCACCUCAGCACGUAACCUGCAGUGUCCAGUUCUUCCAGAGAACCGUAACCUGCAGUUUGAUGGCGUGAAGGUGUAGCUGGGCUUCGCAGCAGAGUUCUCCAACAUCAUGAUCAUCUACACCAGAAUAUUGGAGAAGACCAAGGACAUUGGGUCCUGCUCUGCCAAUCUCACAGACUUCGCUGAGGGUUUGGAUAUGGAUCUGAAGAUGGGUAAUCAGGAGAGCCUCCUAGAUGCAGGGAGUUUACUGCCAAUGGACAUCCUUCUGCCCACAGAGCUUCCAGGCCUCUACACCCGCCUGAAGGGCGUACAGAGACUCAAGAAGGAGCUGACAUUCACUGUGUACCUUCAGUAUACGAACUUGGAUGAGGAGGUCCAAGAAAAGCAAACUGUCAUUGUGGGCAAACCACUGGUAUCCAAACUACAUCUCCACGAACUUCGGCUUCCCCGCUCCAACUCAGCCUUCUCCUCACUUGACCUUCACUCAUUCAGCCAUUCCUCCUCCUUCCCAAAGGGCUUUGGGCCAAGCUUCCCUGCCUCAGAGACUUCCUGCAAUGUCUCAGCCUCCACCUCCUGGUCAUAUUACUCUGAGCCAGGCGAGUCUGUCACCCCAUCUUUCACUGGGAAGGUCAAUCUACAGGUAGAGGAUGACAGUGCAGAGUUGUUUGAUUCUGACUCCCCUCAGCCUCUCACGACAACCUACCUCAUGGUCAACUAGAGGACCUCACAUAUUGGUUCAGUAACAUGCAAAACUUCCAUUCAUGUUAGUCCUGUCAAUUUGUGGAACGUAAGCGUGCGACCCAUUGCGUUUUAUCUACAGACAUACACAUUAACUUAUCGUGCAACUUAUUGCUCUACUGUAUUUUAGUCAAUGCCACUCCGACAUUGCUCAUCCUAAUAUAUAUUUCUUAAUUCCAUUAUUUUACUUUUAGAUUGGUGUAUUGUUGUGAAUUGUUAAAUACUACUGCACUAUUGUGACUAGGAACACAAGCAUUUCGCUACAGUACACCCGCAAUAACAUCUGCUAAAUAUGUGUCUGUGACCAAUCAAAUUUGAUUUGAUUUUCAUUUGAACUAGCAUUACAACAAAUUGAUCCUAUAACCUGCAUUGUUUAUAUGUUAAAAUACAGAGAUAAAAAAAAUAAAAAAAUUGUAAUGGG